GAAUAUUCGGUUCUCUGCAAGUUCCGACAAUACAAGCCGAGACAGUAUAGUAGUGUAGCUGCGGCUUAUAAUGGUGGUAGCAAGUAUCCUGUACUACCAACAGCCGGAACGUUUCGUUGUCAAAUAAUCUAUAUCUGCCAGGAAUAUUAGUGAGGUCGAAACUCGAGGUGAAUGUGGACUGCAGUUUUUAUCCAACAAACUAGUAUCCCCAGAAAUCAUGACUACUUGGGAAUCAUCAGAUAAGCUUAUUAAAAAGGAAAUAAUACAAAAAGGCAGCUUCUCACAGAAGCCAACUGAAAUGUCUGCUUGCAAUGUGUACAUAGACAACCUUAAAUCUGUAAAUUUAUCUGUUGAACAGAUAAAAAAUUAUUUGCACAGUGAAAUCAUUGAAGCAGCUGGAAUUCAAGUCAUUGUUAUAGGCCAUGCAUGUUCAACGGUUGACAGAUGUAUUGAAAGAGCUGUUCAAACAAUGUCAUUAAAUGAGCAAAGUUUGACAACAAUAAAAGUUAUACCUAAUGAUUUAGCAAUGGAGAAAAUUAUACUAACAUUAGAACUAACUUUGAAAUCAUGUGAGUUUUAUAAACCUAUUUGGCUAUGGACUGAAGAAGAAAAGUAUGAGAACGCUAUGAAAUAUAAACUAAAGGGAGUUGAACUUUUCAAAGCAAAAAGGAUUGUUGAUGCAUUUUAUAGAUUUAGUAAAGCAUGUAAAAUUUUAAUAACUUUAGAGCCACUAGAAGAUAUUGAUAAACCAUUAGAAUAUAAAAUUGUAGAACUAAAGCAUAUUUUGUACAACAACAUGGCUGAAUGUCAAUUAAUAAGAAAAAAUUAUGACAAUGCCAUAGCUUUAUGCUGUAAAGUAUUAGCUAAAGAAGAAAAUAAUGUCAAAGCAUUAUACAGAAGAGGUGUAGCAUAUGGAAAUUUGAGAAAUUACAAGAAGGCAAUUGAUGAUUUGAAAAUAGUUGUAUAUUUAGAACCUAAUAACAGCAGGGCGCUAGAAAAAUUUAAUUAUUACAAUGAACAAUGGCGUAGUUCAGUUCACGCUUAUGAAGAUAUGGUAAGGAAAAUGUUCAAGGUUUAAAUAAUCAUGAUAUUGACAUAUUUGUAAGUUUGUAAAUUUUUUAGUGUUUAUAUAGAAAUAAAUUUUGA